UUCCUGCCUCUCUCAGUCCGGGUUUGGAGACUCCGGCGUCCUCCGACUUUUCAUGGAAGAGAUGUCAGGAGAAAGCGUGGUGAGCUCAGCGGUGCCAGCAGCUGCUACCCGCACCACUUCCUUCAAGGGUACAAGCCCCAGCUCCAAGUAUGUCAAACUGAACGUGGGGGGUGCCCUCUACUACACCACCAUGCAGACGCUGACCAAGCAGGACACGAUGCUGAAAGCCAUGUUCAGUGGGCGGAUGGAAGUGCUCACCGACAGUGAAGGCUGGAUCCUCAUUGACCGCUGCGGGAAGCACUUUGGUACGAUACUCAACUACCUUCGCGACGGGGCAGUCUCCUUGCCCGAGAGCCGCCGGGAGAUCGAGGAGCUGCUGGCAGAAGCCAAGUACUACCUGGUCCAGGGCCUGGUGGAGGAGUGCCAGGCAGCCCUGCAACAGAACAAAGAUGCUUAUGAGCCUUUCUGCAAAGUUCCUGUUAUCACCUCAUCCAAAGAAGAACAGAAACUUAUAGCGACUUCAAAUAAGCCAGCCGUGAAGUUACUCUACAACAGAAGUAACAACAAGUACUCAUAUACCAGCAAUUCUGACGACAACAUGUUGAAAAACAUUGAGCUCUUCGAUAAGCUCUCUCUGCGCUUCAACGGGAGAGUCCUGUUCAUAAAGGACGUCAUUGGGGAUGAAAUCUGCUGCUGGUCCUUCUACGGCCAGGGCCGGAAGAUAGCGGAGGUCUGCUGCACCUCCAUCGUCUACGCCACCGAGAAGAAACAGACCAAGGUGGAGUUCCCUGAGGCCCGAAUUUAUGAGGAGACCCUGAAUAUUUUGCUGUAUGAGGCCCAGGAUGGCCGGGGACCUGACAAUGCGCUCCUGGAGGCCACAGGUGGGGCAGCUGGGCGCUCCCACCACCUGGACGAAGACGAGGAGCGGGAGCGGGAACGCAUAGAGCGCGUGCGGCGGAUCCACAUCAAGCGGCCUGAUGACCGCGCCCACCUCCACCAGUGAGCAGGCAAGCGGACCUGAGCCCUCCUCCUCUCCUCCCUGCUCUGCACUCAGAUCCUAUGCAGGCUCCCAGGCACCUUCCACUUUCCCUGGAGUCUGGAGAUACUUUUGUAACAAGCCAGAUGAUUAUUUUGAUAUUUCUCGACAAGGUGAAUUGAUUUGUACCCAGGCGAAUGCUCCCAUGUUGCUGACGAGCUGUGUCCAAGGGCUCUACUUUCUGUGAGAACUUCAGAAGCCUCGGAGCCAGGCUUACUGGGUUCUCAGAGGAAAAGUGUGAAUGGGAAUGACGUGUACGUGAGGACUCUUAUUUGCAGUAUUUAUUUUUGUGGAUGUUGACUACCUGUUUGAGCUUCUUGGAUGGCGUUGUCUUUGGGAUUCAGUUUGACAGCUCUGAGAGGGAUCCUGCAGCUGGUGGCCACCAGGGGGUGUCUUCAGGCUCCAUAUUUCCUAAUCCCACCCAGCACACUGGCUGGUUCCUGCAAAUCCACCUGGCACUGUCUCCAGACACGGCUUUGCUAGAAGUCCAUUCUGCAGGAUUUCAUGCCCAGAGCUUACUGGUAAAUAAUGGCGGCUUGUAGCAGUGGAGAUGGGACCUGGUCUCCUUUGUGCCUCUAAGUUGUUGUUUAGUUCUAGAUACCUGGCUCUGUUUAGGGGGAAGCCUGUUGCUACCUUGGCUGGUCUGAGGUCUGCUACUUCUUGGGCCCCCCACACAUCUGGCUAAGGGCAGAGCUGCUCAGCCCUGUUCCUGGCUUCCCUGACUUCUGCCCCUCCACUUGCCCUCCUUGUUGACUCACUGCAUUCCAGGAAAGCCAUCUGGCCUGGUUACAGGCGUAGCUCACAAGCCCAGGGACCCAUUCCUUUCCCCUCGGCCCCCUUCCCUGUUAAGCUGGGCUUACUGCCGCAAGUAGGUGCCUGCCUUUGCUUAGAAAUCCAGUAUGGCCUCAGGCUCUUCCUCCCAGCCUGUCGUCCAUGCUGGACCACCACUCAUACCAGCAGUCUCGGGGCAGUUUGCCUGCUGUAAACUUAGCCAUCGCCUGGAGAUCCCUUGGUGUCUUUGCCUCCGAUUUUGACACAGUAUGGAGUGGCCAUCAGUGAGCAGUGAGAGGAUGUGAAGAUCCUUCCGGGUCCAGUUAGUGUCCGUGUUCAUUUGGUUUAAGGGACGUGUGCGACUGUUGAUGGGGAUGUGUGCUUGCGGGCCCCUGGUGGUGCUCGCCUGGGGUGGAUGUUCUCGGUUACCUACCUCCCAGUCUCCUCUGCGCCUGUCAAGGGACAGAAGUGAGAUGUGACUAAUAUGGGUGGUUGAGACUAGACUAGAUAGAGUAGUUUCAAGGUGAUAUGAAUGUGUGUAAGGUGAUGGAUGGGUUUUGUCCGCUUUUCAAGGGAAACGUACUGUUUUAUACCAAAGGUAUUAACAUGGGCAGCCUCUGACACAAUGUAUUCCAAAAAAAAACGAGUUUAUAUUUUGAAAUGGUUUUUACAGCUUCGACUUUGUACACACUGCCCUCCUUGCGACAGUUGUAUGCCUUUAUUUUGUAGCCAAGCCUCCAAUAAACCUUUCAAACAAUCAUGACUGAACCCAGAAAUCAAGUACUGGGCUGAUGCUUUUAAACGGCUGUGUGGGAAACGUUCAUAUGAGGCCGUUUGGAUUUUAUUAUGUGCUAAGAAAGGGGGGCUUAAAAAUGUUUCUUAAAUAUUUUAUACUGUUUGGGUUGAACUUUUCUAGAAAGUUAAAGUAAUGUUUCCUGUAGGAAUGGAAAGCCAUCAAAUACAUUGUUUUUAAAUGUUUACACGGAGAUUGCAUUUGUAGAACAUUCUGAUUUGUUUGGACUUCUACACCUUUUGAUCUUGUGUUUCUGGCAGUGUCCCCCUCUUCCUCCCUCCCUCCCCCACUCUUCCUCCAACUUGCGCUUGUGGUUUUGAGUCUUUGCUUCCCUGGGAUAGGAGAGGUCCCUGAAACAUUCCAGAUUCGUGCUGCUGCAUCUGGCCAGGAGCUGGCAAAGCAUUGGCUGGUCCAGCUGUCAUCAAACAUACCCUAAACAAAAGAACUGAUUUUUCUUUUGUUUGCCCUUAGUGCUGCAUAAGUCAGUAUUUACGCUUAAGAGCUGUCCAAGUAAAACACUGGCCUAAGAUUCAGUAAAGUUUUAUUACAUCAUAAUAGCUUACAAUGAAAAAAGAAACAGCUUUUGGUCCCUUGUAAUCAAGUUGUCUUUUCAACUACGCCAUCGGAUUGCGGUGACUGGGGGCCUGUGCCCGAGUCCAGUCCCUGGUAUAGCCUCUCCUGUCCCUUCCUCCAGCGGCUUAGCAGGCUGGUCGCUGUGCAGGUCCCCGGCCCCCUGCCUACGUAUGUUUGUACCUUACAGUGGCUGUUCAGGGCCCAUGGUGAACACUCAGCCCUGACCCCUGGAGUCUGUGCUCUCUACACAUCUGUGUGUCACUAAGCUUUGUUUCUCUGUGCUAUUAAAAAAAAAUGCUGUAAGCUUUAGAAGUAGUCACUGUGUUGUACAAGCAUUUGUGAACGUAUGUAAAAUAAAAGUCAUCUAAUGCUUCUA